AUGUCUCUUCCUGCGGCUCCCAAAGACAUAUCCGACACGCCCGCAGCAGGCUCUGUCGCUCAACCCGCAGACAGAGCCGCUCAGGCGGCCGAUGUAGACCGCAAGCUUCGCUUCUAUGGCGUCGUCUCUGCCUUUCGCGAGUCUCGCAUGCCCUCGAACGAACAAAUAGACAAAGCUCUCACCUAUGCCAUCAACCACUCCCCCGUCGACACAAGCGCGCUCUCUCCGGAUGGUCAGCGUCUUAUUCAAGAUUCCCGCGACAUCAUCGAGACUGCGCGUCUCAUGGUCAAGCAAAAGAAUGCAGAUGAAUUAUUUCAAAACUUCAUAUGGAACACACGGGCUGUCGACCCCUCCCAAGCUAAGAAAGACCCCAACGAAGUCCUUCCCGUCGACCAAGAAAAGGUCAAGAAUGAUGGCCAAGAAGCCGUUACUCACCUUCGUACCCUCCUCUCCCUCAUCCUGACGAAUUCGGAGGUUCGCAAGCUCGUGUCCGAUUUUUCUGUCAUUGGCCGUGACCUUCUCGCGCGCGGCGCCAGCAAAAUAGCAGAUGCCGCUCGCCCCGAUUCUGAUCGACUUGCUACGGUCGAUGAAACAGCCCCGCGCGACCAUUUUGUCACUGAAGGUGAUAGAGUCGCGGGACCAGACGAGACGCCCGUCCUCGAAGCACGUAUUCCUGGUACUGAUACCCGGGUAUCUCAACACCCUAAAGACCAGUUUGGCCAAGGAGCCACCGUAAGGCAGAGUGAUGGUGAAGUCAGAAGCGGCGCGCAGGCGCUCGACGAAGGUCAACAGCGCAAAGAUGAACUUGUUGAUCGUGGCAUGGAAGCAUCCAGGCAGAAAGACGAAACUCUUGGCGCUACUGGAGGUGAGAUGGUCCCCGACAAUCAGGAGGAUGCCGAGAUGAAAAAGAAUGGCCUUAUGGGCAGGCUGCGUGGUGUACGGGAUCAGAUGUCCGAUCGAAUGCCACAGGAACACAAAGAUCGGGCCAAUGAGCACUUUGACCGCGCGAAACAGUUCCUGAGUGAAGAAUACUUCCCACCAGAGCGUCGUGACCAGUUUAUCUACAGAGGGAAGAAGGUCAUUAUCGAAUGCCAGAAUCACAAGGACUACCAAGAAAGUGUACAAUGGCUUCUCGCCUUUUUGGAGGAGUAUGCCAGUCACGGCAAAACCAUUUCUGGACAUGCAAAGGAUUCGCAUGAUAUAAUGCGUAGUGACGAUAGUCUACAGUUGGCGAUGUCCGAGUUACGCACUCUUUUGGAGCGUUUCGCAAACGGAAUGAGUCUGGGUGUGAUUGGUGAUACUCUUCAGACACUCUAUCAGGACGCACAACAGGACGAGGAGCUGAGAGAAUGGUUCCGUUCGUGUGAUAAGUAUUCACGUAGGGUGCUCUUGGAGUCUGGCUACGUGCUAGAACCACAAUGCAACAAUGAAGCGAAUAAACUGAUGGAAAGUGGACGUCGCUUCUAUGACGGAAAGUAUAAGGGACACUUCGAUGCGCUAUUCUCGUCAAUGACAGACUGGUUCACCGCGUUUGGUGACGAUCCUCUCAACCAAAGGUUCGGCAACGACUGGGCGCGUCUUACUAAGGAUCUCCUGUUUGACGACGAGGGCAGCCUUAAGUUCAAGCCGGAUCUUUGGAUGGACAUUCGGAAGGUCAUCCUGCCAAGCAUCAUAGACAGAGUCGGAUAUGUUCCUAUCCCACGCGUCGAGUAUACCGAUGAAUCGCUGGAUCUCGUCAUUGAGAAUCUUGCGCUAUCUGGUCGCAACUUGUUCCCAAAUAUCGUUGCUAUGGAAGCACACAACUACCUUAAAUUUAGCCCGUACAAUGCUAUCUCAGAUGAGGGUCAACAUGAGUUCACGUUUACGUUUAGCCAGAUCCAGGCAGAUAUGCGCGAUGUGGCGUUCUAUUUCAACAAGAAGAAUGGAUUCCCGAAGAUAUCGGAUUCAGGUAUCGCGGACGUGUUGAUGGGCGGAGAGGGUUUGACUGUCACCGCCCAUAUCGCCUCUUCGGGGAAGGACCGUUCAAGCGUGUUCAAUGUGAAGGAUGUCCAUGUGAAAAUCAGCACGCUCAAAUUUUCGAUCCGGGACUCGAAGCAUGAUUUCUUGUACAAGACGCUCCGUCCGCUUGCAACUGGCUUGGUAAAGAAGCAGGUGCAGAAGGCCAUUUCGGAUGCCGUGCGCACAGGGCUGGAGUACGUUGAUGGGCAGCUUGUCGCCGUUCGCGAUCGCAUGAACGAGGCGAAGGCAAACCCUAAUAUGAGCCAGACGCAGGUACUGCAGGAGCUCUUCCAGCGGAAGAAAGAGGAGGCACAGAGCACAAAGUCGCGCACAGAAGAAAAAUCAGGGCAGUUCAAAGUAGUGUCGAAACGCGAUUCGGCAAUUUUAGCGAAUGCGGGGCGUCCCGAAGGCUGGGCAAACCGCAUACAGGAACGUGCAGAAGUUGCAACUCAUGGCAAGGAUUGGCGCAGCGAGGCAUUUUCUAUCGUCUGA